CCACGUAUUGUGCCACAAGAUACCACAGUACCGGUAUGUCAUGAGGACAUUGUUCCUGAUCAAGCAGAACCAGUUGGAAAAAUGUUGCCUGUCCCUGCCAGCUCUAAAGGUUCUACAAGAAAAAUAUCAUUUCAACCUACAGAUAUUUCAGUUGCAGAUGUGUCGGCAACAACUUCUGCUGACAGUUCCAGUGAUAUGCGAACCAUUAUUGAGUCCAAAACUAAACAAGUGUUGAGAGAAGUUUUGGAAAAUCAACCAACUGGAAGACUUCUAUUCCAAAUAGGGCCUUACACUAUAACUGACCACAGCAUACAUUUUCUCAACAGCACCUUGUCAGACGAGGUCAUUGAUGUAUUUCUUCAUCUGAUGCCCAAGAAAAAUGUGUAUCACAUAGAUUCCAUCAAUAUGACCAGUAUUUUUGAGGGAGAUCAGGAGUCUACAGGUUUCUUAAACAAGAUACCCUUGCAUCAGUAUGAUGCUUUGAUUGGUGCAGUCAAUGAAAAUCAGGUUCAUUGGGUUCUAAUGAUCGUAGUUCCAGAUGCAAAAUGUUUGGUGUACAUAAAUCCUAUGUGUGAGCCCAGAUCCAAAUGUGACAAGUACAGAAACAGAUGGACAGCAUUUCUGCGUGAAAGGUCCAGAAGGCACAUAGGACAAGACGCUCUGACCCAUGACGGAUGGGAAGUCCAGACAGUGCCACAUGACAAACAAACUGAUGGAUCAUCAUGUGGAGUUUAUGUGAUAAGGUUUGCAGACCUGUACUUGUCUGGUGAAGAAAUGGACAGAUGUUGGACUAGUCAAGACAUAAAGAAGGAGAGGCUUCGGUUACGGCUCAAGCUUCUCUCAUUAGGGAUAAAUGCAGAGGUGCCACUGCAGGAUCCUAGCAGACUUGAAGUGAAACAGGCUUUGGAUGAAUUCUCAGAGUCCCCAAGGGAAGGCCUUGACAUGACUGCACGAAUGAACCAGACCACCAACGAUGUGGAUCUCCCUGACCUUGAGGUGCCAGUAGCCCCAGUUGAAUGGAGCUCUUUAGAGAGUGAGCAGGAUCAAGAGAGCAUCAUGGAGAAACACCAGAGAAAGGGGAAUUUAAGGCAAAAAAGACCAAAGGAUGUGCUUUCAAAGAAAGGUCAAAAAAGGUUGCAAAAAAUUAAAGAAAAGAAUGAAACCCUAGUACAGUUCCUGUUGUCUAAGGAAGUCAAGGCAUACCUACUGAAAAUUAUGCAAGGCAAACCGGCAAGCAAUCUUCACGCUAUCUCCACUGGGAUGUCACAGAGAGCCAGGAGAGCAAUAAAACACAGUGGAUUUGGUCCUAUUGAUGAUGAUGAACAGGCAAUCAUGAUGUUUUACAAGAAGAAAGGGUACUCGAAAGCAAAAGCAGAGGAAAUGUUCAACAAAGGUGUGACGCGCACUAAGGAGGAGAUGGAGGUCAUCAUGCACAGGGAGUUUAAGAGUUAUCGAAAGUACAAACCAAAGUGAAUCAAUUUCAUGAUUUAUGUCGUAAUUUCGCUUUUUUACGGACACUGGAACUCGACGAGGAUUUGAACCAGUUAGUACUGUCAAACCUCACGCCGGCCAGGCACCAAAAAUAUUUCAGGAAUGUUGUUCAUGCAUUGUUUUCAGUGAAAUCAUUUUACUUUUAUCAAUGCAAAGGAAAUCAGUUUCUUACAUUUCAAAAAUGUAUUUUUUGUCUCUGCUCAAUGACAUAUUAUCUAUUUUUCGGCAAGAAAUUUGAUUUUUUCUUAAAUCGUUUGAGUGGUUGAUAUGAAAAUAAAAACCAUGCACAAUUGUCUACCAUAUGAUUCAAAUUUAAUUGUUGAUUAUUGUUUACCAAAACAAUGUUAUCUUCCUCUGAAUGUAUAUGUAAGUUAUCCUCCUUUGCUAUCUUCCUCUGUGUGUGUGUGUGUGCGCGUGUGUGUGUAUGUGUGCGUGCGCGCGUGCGUGUGUGUGUGUGUGUGUUCCACGAUGUGUGUGUGCGCGUGUGUGUGUAUGUGUGCGUGCGUGCGUGCGUGUGUGUGUUCCACGAUGUGUGUGUGUGUGUGUGUGUUCUCUGUGUUUUAUCUAUGUGUAAAUAUCUUCCUCUGUGUGUGUGUUUGUGUGUGUGUGUGUUAUCUUCCGCGAUGUGUGUGCGUGUGUGUGUGUUGUGCGUUAGUGGGAGUGUAUAUAUGGGUGUGUGUGUGUGUCUCCAUCUUUGCCUGCUCUUGUGCAUGCUUCUUCUACCUGUCUAACUGGAGGUGUAUGAUCUAUCCCUCCGUUUUCCCUUUUAGUGUGUCUGCUCUAUCUAUUUCUAUUCAUUCAUUUUGUUCUCUCCCUCUCUUCCUCUGUCUCAU